CGGGGUGGGACCAGGGGGCAGGUUUGCACAAAAUGUGCGGUGGCUGCCCGGGAGAGGAGCGGCGGCCGCGCUGAGCCAGAGCCAUGAGCCACCAGAUCCUGCUGCUCCUGGCCGCGCUGACCCUGGACCUGGCCACCUCCCAACACCGAGACAAGGUGCCCUGUAAGAUGGUGAACAAGGAGGUCUUGUGCCAGUUCCUUGGCCUAUUCCAGGUCCCCUCGGUGCUCCCACGAGACAUCGAGGCCCUUGACCUGUCUGAAAACCAGCUCCGGCGCAUCCCGACCUCACCCCUGGGCUAUUACACAGCGCUUCGUCACCUGGACCUGAGCUCCAACGAGAUCAGCUUCCUCCAACCAGGUGUCUUCCAGGCCCUGUCCCACCUGGAGUACCUCAACCUGGCCCACAACCACCUGGCGCUGAGCACAGGUGGUCUGGGCCCCCUGCUGCACGUGAAGUCCCUGGACCUGUCUGGGAACAGCCUGUACACUGGCCUGGUGGAGCAGCUGCUGGGGGAGGCGCCAGCCCUGCGCACCCUCACGCUGGCAGAGAACAGCCUGACCCGCCUUGCCCGCCAGACCUUCUGGGGCACACCUGCCCUUGAGUGGCUGGACCUGCAUAGCAAUGUGCUGAUGGACAUUGAGGACGGCGCUUUCGAGGCCCUGCCCCGUCUGACCCACCUCAACCUGUCCAGGAACUCACUCACCUGCAUCUCCGACUUCAGCCUCCAGCAGCUGCGGGUGCUGGACCUGAGCUGCAACAGUAUCGAGGCCUUUCAGAUGGCCCCAGAGCCCCAGGCCGGGUACCAGCUCACCUGGCUCGACCUGCGGGAAAACAAACUGCUCCACUUGCCUGACUUGGCCGCCCUCCCGAGACUCAUCUACCUGAACGUGUCGAACAACCUCAUCCGGCUCCCUGCGGGGUCAGCGCAGGGCGGCAAGGCCAUCCAAGCACCUUCCGAGGGCUGGUCAGCCUUGCCCCUCUCGAACCCCAGCUGGAAUGCCAGCACCCACUCCCUCUCCCAGCUCUUGAAUCUGGACUUGAGCUACAAUGAGAUUGAGAUUGUCCCCGAGGGAUUUCUUGAUCACCUGACCUCCCUGCGCUUCCUGAACCUCAGCCGAAACUGCUUGCGGGCCUUUGAGGCUCGGAGUGCAGGCUCCCUGCCCUGCCUCGUGCUCCUGGACAUCAGCCACAAUGCACUGGAGACACUGGAGCUGGGCACCAGAGCCCUGGGGUCUCUGCGGACGCUGCUCCUACAGGGCAAUGCCCUGCGGGACCUGCCCCCAUACACCUUUGCUGGCCUGGCCAGCUUACAGAGGCUUAACCUGCAGGGGAACCGGGUGAGCCCCUGUGGGGGACCAGGCGGGCCUGAACCCCCGGGCUGCGUGGACUUCUCUGACAUGGCCUCCCUCCGUGUCCUCAACUUGGUGGACAAUGAGAUGGAGACACUCUGGGCAGGUACCUUCCUCCACACACCACUUACCGAGCUAGACCUCUCUUCCAACCCUGGGCUGGAUGUGGCCACAGGGGCCUUGGCGGGCCUGGAGGCCUCCUUGGAGGUCCUGGCCCUGCAGGGCAACGGGCUGGAGGUCCUGCAGGUAGACUUGCCCUGCUUCAGCUGCCUCAAGAAGCUCAAUCUUGCCGAGAACCGCCUGAGCCGCCUGCCGGCCUGGACGCAGGCUGUGUCCCUGGAAGUGCUCGACCUGAGGAACAACAGUUUCAGCCUGCUGCCGAGCAGUGCCAUGGGCGCCCUGGAGACCAGCCUCCGGUGUCUCUACCUGCAGGGGAAUCCGCUCAGCUGCUGCGGCAAUAGCUGGCUGGCGGCCCAGCUGCACCAGGGCCGUGUGGACAUGGAUGCCACCCAGGACCUGAUCUGCCGCUUCAGCUCCCAGGAGGAGGUGUUCCUUAGCCACGUGCGUCCCGAGGACUGUGAGAAAGGAGGGCUCAAGAAUGUCAACUUCAUUAUCAUUGUCACCUUGGCGCUUGUCUCUGCCAUUGUCCUCAUCAUGCUGGCCACCUAUUGCUGUGUCCGCCAGCAGAAGUUCAACCAACAGUACAAAGCCUAGAGAAGCCAGGCUGCAGA